UAGUACAAAAAAAUAAACAAAAAAUUUGAUUUGAUAAAUUAAAUUUGUUCCGAUUUUGUUGUGGUACAAAAAUUCCACCUAAAUAAAACCAAAGCUGGUCAGGAUUAAUUAUGUCUGAUAGAAGAAGGCGAUAUCGGAAACCAAAGGACGACAAACGUUCAAUGGGUUUGAGCUCACAAUUUAGGGAAUUGGAGGUACAACCAAAAAUUUUGUUAAAAACAAAAACGGAACCUAGAGUAGACACCGAAAUAGCAUCUACUUCCAGCUAUGCUCAUGCCGAACAACAUGCUUCUGUACAAAUGCCCCAGAAAACUAUAAUUUUUCAAAAAGGUGGCCAAAGCCCUGCAUCCAGUCCCAAUACAACGCGUGAAACUUCAGGGGCUACCAAUGAUAUUAUCAUUCCUCCCAAUAUAGUUGAGCCAGUAUAUCAAAUGACAAGACCGGCAACUGUGAUUUCAUCCACCGGCUCAAUAAAUGGUGGGGCCAAAAAGCUGUUGAUGAAAUCCAAUACUGAUUUUCUAGUUAUUGGUGUGGUAGGUACACAGGGAGUGGGCAAAUCGACUAUACUUAAUUUGUUGGCUAAUGAACAAAUCGAAUACAAUUACUACGAUAAAAUAUUUGUAGAAGAAGAUUCCAUAUUCCCCACCAAACUAAAGCUUAAUAAAUGUUCGGCUCGUUCGCGCACCGAAUCGACUCACAUGUUCAUUACCUCCGAUCGCAUGAUACUUUUAGAUACUCCACCGGUACUUUCGAAUGCCUACAAAAAAGACAUGACCAACAAUGAAUUGGAGGAUUUGGGCAGUAUUAUUUGUUUAAUGUCCGUGUGUCAUUUGCUGCUGGUGGUCCAGGAUGAUUAUUUCAAUUUGAAUUUUCUAAAUUUGCUGCGCUUCGCCGAACUAAUGAAACCGCCACAAGAUGUUAAACCUUUUGUACACGAUUAUUUUCCCAAUAUAUUGUUUGUUAAGAAUAGAGCCAAGCGUUUAGACUUUACACCGGCGUCCAGGGCCGGUCAAGAUCAAAUGUAUAAAGCUUUUUUCAAGGACUCUCAAAUGCGCAUCUAUAAAGGCCAAACCACCGAGAACCAUGUUAUGCAGCAACAGCUGUUGCAAAUGCAAAAUCGCAAAAGGAAUCGUAUUGUGGAAGUUGAAACCUCUAUAAAUAGCUUUAUAAUGCCAGAAGUUAAAAGUCCUCUAGCCACCACAUAUCAUGAUUCUUUGGACGAUGUUAUACAACAGUUCCGUAGUUUAGUAUUUAUGACACCACGUAAUCCCAUGUACUCGGGAGCUUCGGAAUUAACUGAGGACAUGUGGUUCGAUUUGCUGACCAAAGUUUCCCAGGAUAAUCAUAACUUUUUCUUCAACACCUACGAAGAUAUACAGCGGAAACAUUUGGACGUGGGCGUUAAUGAAAAGUCUGGUGGCUCCGGCAUGAAUUCGGGCUCAAGUAAUUCUAAGGAUAUGGUGGAAAAUUGGAGAGAAUAAAUAUGUAUGUUUACUUGAAAAUAAAAA